AUCAGUGUGCCCUGAUGAUCAGUGUAGCCCCAGCAGUGCCACCUGCCAGUGCCCAUCAAUGCCACAUGUGCCACAGUGCACAUUAAUGCCACAUAUCAGUGCCUACCAGUGCACAUUAAUGCCACAUAUCAGUGCACAUCUGAGCUGCCUUUCAAUGCCACCUAACAGUGCCAGUCAGUGCCGCCUAUCAGUGCCAUAUAUGAGUGCUCCCUUUCAGUGCCCAUCAGUGAUGCCUGUCAAUGCCCAUCAGUGCCACCUACCACCUAUCAGUGCCCAUCACUGCAGCCUCAUUAGCGCACAUCAUCAGAAGGAGAAAAAUCACUUAUUUACAAAAUUUUAAAACAGAAACUAGGAAAAAAAAUUUUUUUUUUCAAACUUUCCAGUUGUUUUUGGUUUGUUUAG